AUGACAGCCCUGAGAUCCCUCACCAUCCGCCGUCUCGCCCUCGCGCGACCAGUCCCCAGAGCGACUGCGUCUCCCGUGGCGCGGCAGGUGAGGUGGAGCACGAGCAAGCCCGGCGGCGACGGCGACGGUGACCUCGGCGGCCCCGGAGGCCAGGAGCCCGUGCCGUCCAGCAGCGGCCCGUCCCAGAGCUGGCCGACGUUGGCGGCGAUUGCGGCGGCCGGGCUGGCCGUGGGCGGAUACCUCGUCCACCUGACGGGCAAGUCCAAGGGCCAGGGGAAAGUGAUGGAGAAGGGCGAGUUUGAUAAGCUAGCUGAGAAGGUCACACCGAGGAAGUGA